GCCGGUGCCCCCGGCGGCCGGGCGGAGCGGCGGCGCGGGGCCGGGUCUGUGGGGAAGGCGGCCGCUCUGUGCAGCGGCACCCGCGGGCUGGUCUCCAUCCUCGGCGCCGUCCCCUGCCUGGCCUGCAAGAACCCGCCGGGCCAGCCAUGAGCGCGGGCAGCGAGCCGGGCAGGGGCGGCGGCGCCGGGCUCGGGGCGCCGGCCGCUCCCGCCGGCUGCGACACCGACACCGACACCUACAAGGGCUGGCUCUUCAAAUGGACCAACUACCUGAAGGGCUACCAGCGCCGCUGGUUCGUGCUCAGCAACGGGCUGCUCAGCUACUACAGGACACAGGCUGAAAUGGCUCACACCUGCCGCGGAACCAUCAACCUGUCAACAGCACACAUUGAUACAGAGGACUCUUGUAACAUCGUACUCUCCAAUGGGGGAAGGACAUAUCAUCUAAAGGCAAGCUCCGAAGUGGAGAGGCAACGAUGGGUCACUGCUUUGGAGCUGGCCAAAGCAAAAGCUAUCCGUAUGAGGAACAACCAGUCAGGAGGCACUGAGGACAAACUGUGCUGUCUAGAUGUGACAUGUUUCUUGGCCUCGUCACUCCAAAGGGCUUUCCUAACCGAUGACUCUGGUGAUGAGGAACCAACCUCGCAGUCUGACAAGAGUGAGCUGCACAGCACUCUGAGAAGCCUUGCCAGUAAGCUGGAGGAUCUAAGCACGUGCAAUGACCUUAUUGCCAAGCAUGGGGCGGCUCUCCAGAGGUCCCUGAGUGAGCUGGAGAACCUGAAGCUGCCUGCCGAGAGCGGGGAAAAGAUCAAAGCCGUCAAUGAGCGAGCCACCCUCUUCCGGAUCACCUCCAAUGCUAUGAUCAAUGCUUGCCGCGACUUCCUGGAGUUAGCCGAGAGCCACAGUCGGAAAUGGCAGCGGGCACUACAGUAUGAGCGGGAGCAGAGGAUCUGCCUGGAGGAGACCAUUGAGCAGUUAGCCAAACAGCACAACAGCUUGGAACGGGCCUGCCGGGGAGCCCCCGGCCUGUCCUCGAGUGCCACAGCAGUCAGCAGCACUUCCAAGGGGAGUGUGCAGCCUGCCAAAGGGGAAGCCAGUGAUGAAGAUGAGGAGACAGAGUAUUUUGAUGCCAUGGAGGAUGCACCAGCUUUUAUCACAGUAACUGCAGACCCCAAACAUCACAGGCAUUCUGGCAGCAACCUGAGCGGGGUCAGCGAGGGGCACCCUGAGGACUGGAACCUGGAGGACAAUGUCUUCGAGAGUGCAAAUAAAACUGGCUACAAUGAAUCAACGUGCAAAGACGUCCUGCCGAAGAAGAGGAGACGAACACGCAUCCCAGACAAACCCAACUACAGCCUUAACCUCUGGAGCAUAAUGAAAAACUGCAUUGGCAAAGAACUGUCCAAGAUCCCUAUGCCUGUAAACUUCAAUGAGCCACUUUCCAUGCUGCAGAGGCUGACAGAGGACCUGGAAUACCACGAGCUGCUGGACAAAGCCGUAAAGUGCGAGAACUCCACUGAGCAGAUGUGUUUCGUUGCUGCAUUUUCAGUGUCUUCCUACUCGACGACUGUGCACCGCACUGCGAAGCCGUUCAACCCCCUGCUGGGGGAAACGUACGAACUCGACCGGCUAGAUGAGCUUGGCUUCCGAUCGGUCUGCGAGCAGGUGAGCCAUCACCCACCAGCUGCGGCCCAUCAUGUGUAUUCCAAGCGAGGCUGGACGCUGUGGCAGGAAAUCACAAUUGCCAGCAAGUUCAGGGGCAAAUACCUCUCUAUCAUGCCACUGGGUGCCAUCCAUCUAGAAUUUCACUCCAGCGGGAACCACUAUGUCUGGAGGAAGGUCACGUCCACCGUUCACAACAUCAUUGUGGGCAAGCUCUGGAUCGACCAGUCUGGUGACAUAGAGAUUGUUAACCACAAGUCAAAAGAUAAAUGCCAGCUGAAAUUUACCCCCUACAGCUAUUUCUCCAGAGACGUCCCCCGAAAGGUGACGGGCGUGGUAACGGACGCAGAUGGGAAGGCGCAUUAUGCCAUGUCUGGCACGUGGGACGAAAAUAUGGAGUGCUCCAAGAUAGUUCAGAGCAGCCAUGGCAGCACCAGCUCGGAGGGCAAGCAAAAAACCGUCUACCAGACGCUGGCCCCAAAGGUCCUGUGGAAGAAAUAUCCUCUCCCGGAGAAUGCCGAGAACAUGUAUUUCUUCUCUGACCUGGCCCUGACCCUUAACGAGCCCGAGGAACGAGUGGCCCCCACAGACAGCAGGCUGAGGCCUGACCAGCGGCUCAUGGAGAAUAGCAAGUGGGAUGAGGCCAACGUGGAGAAGCAGAGACUGGAGGAGAAGCAAAGGGCCGUCCGUCGCAGGCGGGAGGCAGAAGCUGUGGAGGCCUUGGAGGAAGGCAAAGACUAUGAAGGCUACAUCCCGCUGUGGUUUGAGAGGAAGGUGGAUCCCCUGACAGGGGAGCUGAUUUGUGUUUACAAAGGUGGAUAUUGGGAAGCCAAGGAGAAACAGGACUGGGAUCUGUGCCCUGAUAUCUUCUGAGCUGCUCCUCCCACGCCAGGCUGGUAGGCCACAGGAGAGGAGGAGGAGCACCUGGGACGCAUCGGGCAGCAUCCUGCUGUUUAUGUCACAGCGCACAGAAACACACACACAGUAAAUAAAUACAGAAAUUUAAAAGAAAAUAAAUCAAAACAGGGAUUCCAAACCUAUUUUUUUAUGCACUAAUAAAAUAGCAUUCAGUGUUUUUUUUUUGACGGUGACAGUUUUUUAGCUACUAAUUAGGAACAAGGACACACUGAUUUGGUUCAUUUUUAGCCUAGCGUAUUUAUUGCUAUCCGAAGUUGCUGCCUAUAUUUUUCGAAGCCUCAGCUUUAUCGUCGACUUCCAAAGAUGCACGCGUUGCGAGGAUACGAUGCACAGUCCUUGGAGCUCUUCCUUUUGACUUUUUUCCCCGUUUGUGUAUGGACUUAAUUUUUAAAAAAAUCUGCUUGUAGUUCAGGUUCCUUUUUAAAGACACGAGCAACUCUCGGACCCCAUUCAUCUCUGAAGCUCUAGGGAGAAGAUGACUUUUCUAGAGACGGUAGAUUAGGUGCUUAUUCCUAGGUUCUCUCCAUAGUUCCCAGCAGCGCCCGAUGCUCCCAUAACUAUGAAUUAGGUUAUUUCUGAAGCUCUUUAGGUGACUUUUGGGGGGGAUUGUUUGAGUGGAUUUUUCCAAUCUGCACUAUUUAGUUGAUAUUUUUUAGAACCGUCUCUAACAAGAUGCUUUUU